GUAGCCUGUACCAGUCUACAGGCUGUUGGUUGACUGGUUUUCAGUGCUGGUUUGGUACGGAAUGAGUUUCCAGAAUUUACUGCUGGACCUCUUUUUAUUUCUAUUCUAUUUCUUACGGUUUUAAUCUAAACUAUGAUCUUUCCCGAACCCUAACCAAGUGUUUUUGGGUUUUUUUUUUGCCUAAACUGAACCACUUUAAGCUAAACCAUGGGAAGGAUCGGUGUAUCACCUGCGAGCAAAAACCUUCCUCCAUUUAAAACAAUUUUAAUUUGAUCUUGUGCAAUCAAUACCAAUGCGCAUGCGUGAUGAUUCCGUACCAACAAUGUAGAGACUAUUGACAUAGAGGAGCCACUUCUAAUAAAUAAACCUGUUUGUGAUUCUGAUAGGAGUCAGGUGCAGACAGGGGACAGGCAGACACUUUAAUACAGGGAUAAACUCGGAAAAAGGACUGAAAAAGUAUCGUAUUAUUAAGUCAGCAGCGGUGCAGGAGCUGCUGUAGCUCACAGGAGGAAACUCUGCCUCCACUUUGUCAUUUUCACCAUUUUCUGGUGCCACUGAUUCAGUCAUUUAACGUUGAAAUGACGCAUUUUCAUCACGCUGUCAGUGUGCUAAAGCUAACUGAGUAACAGUUUAAUGGUAAUAAUAAUAAUAACAAUAACUUUGUCAUUACACUGAUAAUGACUUAUUUAUCUAAUUAUAUAUUUUAAUCAUAAACAUUAUGACUCUAGAUAUGAUUAUCUAUUUUUUCAGUGUUUACUUGUCCAUCCACCUACCUUUGUAGAUAUUUUGAUUUAACACAGCUACAUUUGUGUAUGUAAGUAUGAGUGUGUGUAUUAUUAUGUGUUACUUUUCCAUGUGGAUGUAUGUGUGUGUGUGUGUGUGUGUGUGUGUGUGUGUGUUUGUAUUGUAUAUGUUAAUACGUUACAUGACACAUUAAUCCCAUGGUGUGUCUAGACUGGCAGCCUGGGAGCUUUGGCCCAGAUACAUGAAGGUACAUGCAUGUAUGUCCGUAUAUGCUAUAUGUUGUAUAUAUUAUGUCCUUUUAGUCCUCCAUGGGUCUAAUUUACAUAAUCUACCUGGUUUCACAGAUGUGGUUGAAACUCAAAUGGGAAAGCACAACAGGGACUUUUAGUUCCUGGGUUUAGUUCCCCUGGUAACAUAUUUCCUUAGAAGAUUAAAUAGUCAUGACUAACUAAGCAAGAAUCAAAGUGAAAGUCUGGAAAAUGUUAGUUAUUGUUUAUUAAGAGGUUAACAUUCAUAAAUUCAGCUAUGACUGUGGAGAUUUCACAAUAACCCAACAAACUGUCAUCAGAUGUUGAUUUCGGUAUUUCUAAACCCUCAUUGUCAGACACAGAGUUAUGUGAAAUCACCAAAACUCCACAGAAGAAAAUCUUACGGUAAACUGUACGACUGCGAACCAGACGCAACCAGACGCCAGACAUCAAAACCGCAAUCACAGCACCUGCUGACGACUCAGACUUCCCUCCACACUGCAGACGAUGACGCCUCCUCCUCCUCCUCCUCUCGCCAACUCCAGCGCUGCAGGAGCCGAGGAGGGGAAGCAAUGCAUCGUCAACGACCAGAUGGCACCCUUCACCGUCCUCUACAUCCUCAUCUUCAUCAUCAGUCUGCCUGGAAACCUGCUGUCUGUGUGGGCAUUCAUCCGCAGCCCCAGAGCAAAGCAGAGCAGCAGCGUCUAUCUGGUCAACCUGCUGGUGGCCGACCUCCUGCUGCUGCUGGCUCUGCCCUUUAAGAUCCUGAAGGACCUCGGAGCGGCGCCGUGGAGCCUCAUGGUGUUCCACUGCCAGGCCAGUGCCGUCACCAUCUACAUCAGCCUCUACGCGUCCAUCGCCUUCCUCGCCUUCAUCAUUACAGACCGCUAUCUGCAGGACAGCAACACUCUGCGCUCUCUGCGGCUGCAGGAAGUAGGUUUCGCCCGGCUGCUGUCGCUGGUCGUCUGGGUGCUGCUGCUUCUCCUCAUGGUGCCCAACAUGGCUCUGCCCAUCCAGCAAGUACAGGUGCGACAGUAUCUCAGCUGUUCUUCUCUGAAGAAAGACAUCAGCCUCCACUGGCACGCCCUCACCGUCUUCCUCUGCACAGCUUUGUUCCUGAACGCCUCGGCCGCCGUGCUGAUCUCCAGCGGUCUGGCUCUCAAGAGGCUGCUGCGUAGCCGCGGUGACCCUAAGCUCUGGGUCAACGCCCGGCGGGCGACGGGGAGCGUGACGGCCAUGGCUCUGGCCUUCUUACUCUGCUUCGUGCCCUACCACGUGGUCCGCACGCCGUACACGUUGGCCCAAACCAAAGUCAUCACAGACUGUCAGACCAAGAGGCAGCUGUUUCUGGGGAAGGAGUCGACGCUGCUGCUGACGGUGCUGCACCUCUGCUUCGACCCCCUGCUCUUCUUCUACCUCUACUCGCCUUUCAGACAGACGGUCAGCGAGGCGCUCUGCUGCAUCACAACCCCGGCAGCCGGUGAUCCUGAGGAGCAGCAGGCUGCAGAGGAGAUGAUGCAAACUACCACUGCUGCACUGCAGGAGGAAGGAGGCUGAUCACAGACAUACAGAUAGGUGAAGCUUGGAUUCACACAUAUAUAUUUUUCUAUGUCAAAGAACAAUCCUUAAAGAGGAAUGUUGCAGAAAUAUACUAAAAAAAACUUCAAGGAACUCUUGAGAUGGUUCAGCAUGUGACUGGAAGCAGGCUGAAACUCAAUGAUUCAAUAACUGAAUACACUUGAUUUAGCCUAAAUCACUUUCACUAUUACUUCACAGUUUAUUCAUUGUGUAGGUGCAUGUAUGAUCCUGGUUUUCAAGUGUCAUGGUGUGAUGUAAGUUCCUUAAAAUCUUCGUCAUCUUCAUCAGUUGGCAGGUCUGUUAAUACAGCGAUUAACACAAAACACAAGUCCUUGAAGUUAUUAAUGUUUUCUCAUACUGUUAAAGUGAACCUAUGUUAAUGUAUCACUCAAAUUCUGUAUGUAACCCCCCCCCCCCC